UGUUAAAGACGCGCCCGCGCCACAAACCAGUUAGGUGUUAUUACUCUCAUAAAGGAGAGGGUUUUAGCCUUUUUUUAGGGUUUAAGACAUCACAAGGGAUAGCAGCUAUCUCCCAAAGAAAAACUAAAAAAAUGGGUGCAGAAGCCAAAAAGCAGAAAAUGGCAGAAGAGGAAAUCGGCAUUGAUGGGAAGCUGGUUAUUUCUGUUGAAAAACUGCAAGAGAUUCAAGACGAACUUGAGAAGAUUAAUGAGAAAGCAAGUGAUGAAGUUUUGGAAAUUGAACAAAAGUACAGUCAUGUCCGCCGACCAGUCUAUGAUAGGCGUAAUGAUAUUAUUAAAGCUAUUCCUGACUUCUGGUUGACAGCUUUCUUGAGUCAUCCUGUUCUUGGGGAACUUCUAACUGAAGAGGACCAUAAGAUUUUCAAGUUCCUAAGUUCGGUCGAAGUGGAAGAAUCUAAGGAUGUGAAAUCGGGUUAUACGAUCACGUUUAACUUCAAUGCAAAUCCUUAUUUUGAAAAUACAAAGCUCUCGAAGAACUAUACCUUUCUUGAAGAUGGACCUACCAAAAUCACUGCUUCGACAAUACAAUGGACGGAAGGCAAUGGCAUUCCUAAUGGAGUUGCUCAUGAGAAGAAAGGAAACAAGCGAUCCCUUGCUGAGGAAAGCUUUUUUAGCUGGUUCAGUGAAGUCAAUCAGAAGGAUGAUGGUGAAGAUGAUGAGGAUGUCUUUCUGGAGAUUCAAGAUGAAGUUGCUGAGAUAAUCAAGGACGAUUUGUGGCCGAACCCUCUAACUUAUUUUAACAAUGAUCCUGAUGAAGAAGAUCUUGAGGAGGAUGAAGGUGGCGAUGAGGGAAAGGACAGUGAAGGCUCAGAUGAUGAUGAUGAUGAUGAGUGAAGUCUUAUACUUCCUCUUUUCGAGUUAUCAUCUUCAAAAGUUUUGUUGAAUAUGGUUUUGUUGGUGUCUGUAGAGAGGCUUUAUUUAACAUGUUUGGAAAAGAAUAUAAUUUAUUUUAGGUGAGGUCAUGCAAUUGGUAACGUAACUCUACAUGUUUUUUGAACCUUGUUGGUUUUCAAUUAGUUUAAGCAGCAUUGAUUAAUGGCAAGGGAGGGUAACUUGUUUGAGAACUCAAAGAUUCUACCUGGCAAAUCACUUUUUAUCUUAUUGAUUCUGUUUAAGUGAGACAGGUGAUGAUUGUUUCA